CCCAAUAAUUUUUCAUUCAUCGUAUUAUAAUAAUCUAUUGAUUUCCAAUUUUUAAUUAUACAUAUAAAUACAUUAUAUAUAUAUACACAUUUUGUAUCUAAGACACCAUCUGAAUAGAAGAUUAAUCAAACUCCUUAGAUCACUCAGGGGGAAAUGGUGAGGUGUUUGAGAUAGUUAGGAGGAUGGAAAAGAAAAGAGUGGAUGAGAGUGUGCAACUGCCAGCUCCAGUUAAAGUAGAUAGAUUCGGUUUCGUUAAACCCGAACAUAAUCACUCUCCACCUGACCGAUUAGCGAAAAACAAGUCGUCUUUCGAGUAUCAGAGGGAAGAGAGAAAGCUUAGGAAAUGGAGAAAAAUGAUAGGUGUUGGAGGUAGUGAUUGGAAGCAUUAUGUGAGAAGGAAACCACAUGUAGUUAAACGUCGUAUACGAAAAGGAAUACCUGAUUGUUUGAGGGGUCUUGUUUGGCAAUUGAUUUCUGGAAGUCGGGAUCUUUUAUUGAUGAACCCUGGCGUUUAUGAGCAACUAGUGAUAUACGAGACAUCAGCUUCUGAGCUAGAUAUAAUACGGGAUAUAUCUCGUACUUUUCCUUCACAUGUGUUCUACCAGCAGAGACAUGGACCUGGCCAAAGAUCACUUUACAAUGUUUUGAAGGCCUACUCUGUAUAUGACAGGGACGUUGGAUACGUACAGGGUAUGGGAUUUUUAGCCGGUCUCUUGCUGCUUUAUAUGAGCGAAGAAGAUGCAUUUUGGCUGUUGGUGGCAUUAUUGAAAGGAGCUGUCCAUGCUCCAAUGGAAGGAUUGUAUUUGGAGGGAUUGCCUCUUGUUCAACAAUAUUUGUUUCAGUUUGAUCUUUUGAUGAGGGAGUAUCUGCCAAAGUUAGGGGAACACUUUACACAAGAAAUGAUAAACCCAAGUAUGUAUGGAAGCCAGUGGUUUAUUACUGUUUUCUCAUAUUCUUUCCCUUUCCAUCUGGCUCUUCGUAUAUGGGAUGUUUUUCUCUAUGAGGGUGUCAAGAUUGUUUUUAAAGUUGGUUUGGCGCUGUUGAAAUAUUGCCAUGAUGACUUGGUAAACUUACCAUUUGAGAAACUUAUUCAUGCUCUUCGGAACUUUCCCGAUGAUGCAAUGAAUCCAGAUAAAUUGCUUCCACUGGCCUACUCAUUUAAGGUAUCAAGGCGUUUGGAGGAACUUAAGCAGGAGUACGAAAAGAAAAAUGGAAAGCUAGCUGCAUCCAAGGCAAAGCAAAAACAACUGCAGCCUGCUUGAGUGGGAAAAACAAACGCAUCAUAACUUUGUAAAUACAUGGAGAACUCGAUUCUUUAUGAUGUUCCUGAGGAUCAUCAUUCACACAAGAUUAUGUAACUGGGGAUCUGAAUAUUUUGUCUCGGAUAUCAUUAUAUAUUGAGUGUUUUUGUUAGUGAA